CUUGAAUGUCAUUCCACCACCACGAAGAUUUCGUCCCUCUUGGACUCUUUAUAAACAGCGGUCAGCAACAAUGCGUUUCUCUAGCAUCAUUCUCGCGGUCUUUCUAGGCCUCAUCGCCCCGGGAAAUGCGUUCUCGGAAAGACGGCUCGACAAGAACGUUCUUGAAAAGAAGGCGGAAGGUUCCUGUUCAGGGGAACAGCCUCCCCCCGUUGCUCCGCACAAAAACUUUUGGGGUGGGUUAACGGCGGCAGAAACCAGGGACGUACUGGCUCUUCUUCACAGCGACGUCGUCGGCUUCAAUCUGACCAAUGCGGAAAAUGCUACAAGUCGGGACAACAAAAUCAUGUCAGUUGAGCUUAUGAUGCCUAACAAGACGGAAAUUCUUCCUCUGCUAUCAGAUAGCAACGGAACUCCGACUAGGUACGCUUUAGCUGCGGUAAUGUUCGGAGCUCCCACAGAGGCGUAUCUCCAGGAGUUCAAAGUUGGCCCUCUGCCAAUCACCAAUACAUCGGCGGUGUUGCCUUUUACUUUCGCCAACACCAGAAAGAACCCCAAGAUCCCAGUUGUGAACCCAGACGCGGAGGAUUAUGCUGCGUUUAACCUGCAAAACAUGAAGGAUGCGGAAGACGUGACAAAGAAGCUUUGGAACCUCACGGUCGAUGACGGUCUUCAAGUGCCCCUAGCUUUCGCUGCUCCGAUUACGGUGUCUGAAGACAAUGUCAUUAUGUGGCAAGGCUUUAACGCCCCAGUCACAAGCAUCUACGAUCCAAUCUCUCUUCUACCGCUAGGUCUCUACAUGAGGACGGAUAUCACUGGCCGCGAUCCCAGCAAGUGGAGGGUGACUGGCUGGGUCUAUAACAACGAAUUCUACCCAACUCUGAAUGACUUUCGCAAAGUUAUGGAUGAACCGAAUUUCAAGCCUUUGGGCAUGAACGUAGACGAGCCUUGGGCGCAUACGCGAACACACGGAGAUCCCAUACCCCUUGAUAAUACCCCACCACCUGCUCCAGUCCAGGCAGGCAAAGAGAGAUUCGCUGUUGACGAGGAAGAAAACUACGUGACUUGGAUGGAUUUCUCAUUCUACGUUAGCAUUACCCGCGACAACGGCUUGCGCCUCUACGAUAUCCGUUACAAGGGCAAGAGAAUCAUGUACGAGCUUGGAAUGGACGAAGCCAUCGCGCAUUACGCGGGGAUCGAUCCGGUACAAUCAGGCAUAUGUUACUUCGACAGCAUGAGUGGCUUCGGACCCCCAAUGAUCUCACUUGUCAAAGGUUACGACUGCCCGGCCUACUCCCACUUCUUGAAUGUGACCCAGACUACCGGCGAGACUACAUACACGCAGAAGGAUGGCCUUUGCAUGUUCGAGAUUGACAAGGGAUUUCCCAUCCAGCGUCACUCCUGGGCUGGCUACACUACAGUCACAAAGAAUAUUGCGUUCAACGUUCGUGCCGUCUAUACUAUCGGCAAUUACGACUACAUGUCUACAUACCAGUUCUCUCUUGACGGGUCCAUAGAAGUCGCGGUUCGGGCGUCAGGGUACAUCUCGUCAGCCUUUUACGCCCAAAACGAAGACUACGGUUUCAAGAUUCAUGAUAACCUCUCCGGAUCCCUGCACGACCAUGUCAUCACCUUCAAGGCUGACUUCGACAUCCUAGGAGAAGCUAAUUCACUACAGAAGGUUGCCAUUGUGCCGACCACUGAGACGUACAAAUGGUCUGGAAAUCGAACGCGCAACACUAUGAAAGCCGUGAAGAGUUUCAUCGAGAAUGAAGACGAGGGGAAGAUCAACUGGUCCUCUAACGGUGGUACAAUCUACGCCGUUGUCAACAAAGACGCGAAGAACAAAUACGGCGAAUCUCCCGGUUAUAGAAUCGUCCCAGCGUCCGGUGUUGCCUAUCUUACGGUUGAAGAUUCGGACGUUACUAAAAACGCGGCUCACCACACUAGCCAUCACUUCUACGUUACCAAGCAGAAGGAUAACGAGCUAUAUGCUGUCGGCGCAUACAACUCGCUUACGCCCGAGGACCCUCAAGUGAACUUCAACGAGUACUUCAAUGGGGAGUCUCUCGUGCAGGAGGACAUCGUUGUCUGGUUCAAUCUGGGCAUGCAUCAUCUCCCACAUACAGGUGACCUGCCCAACACGGCUUUUUCCACGGCACAUUCUGCUAUGACCAUUGAGCCUUUCAACUAUCUGCUGGGAGACCCUUCGCAGGCCAGCGCCCAGCAGGUUUUGAUAAAGACAACCGACGACAAGGCAGAAAUCACUCGCUAUGGUGCUCAAGAAGCUACCUGUCCGAUAGACCUAAGCCAGCUGAACCCGGACCUCUCCCAGUACUCAAAUAGUAUCAGUGUGCUGAAGUUUCCGUUCGACGGAUCAAAGCCGGAUCGCGCUUGA